UCAGGAAAGGGAAUCAAGGAUGGCUUUAUGGAAGCUUUUGCCUUAAAGGAAGUAAAGGAUUUGCCUUAAAAGGUGAAGAGACAGGGAACAGUCUGCACAAAUAUAUAUGUGAGGAGAAAGGAGCAGAAAAGUAAAUAUUUGGAGCUAGAUUGUGGAAGGCUAUCUGCUAAUUAGAUGAACCUGGGCAAGUCAUUUUACUCCUUUAAACUUGUUUUCUCCUCUGUGUAAAAUGAGGACAUUGAAUCCUAGAGUCUUAUGUGGAAUUUGUAUUUUAUUGGGCAUGUUAAUUGUCUUAGUUCCGGGGAAUAAAACUCAUAACAGUAGCUAGUAAGGGCAAAGAGAUAGAUUAGGUUUGAUGUACUUGAUGAAGAUUAGUGUUCCUUUUUUUUUUUUUUUAUUAAAGCCUUUUAUUUUCAAACUAUAUACAUAGAUAAUUUUCAACAUUCACUCCUACAAAACUGUGUUCUAAUUUUUUCCCUCCCUUCCCUCACCCAAUCCGCAAGUGAUCCAAUAUAUGUUGAACAUGUGCAAUUCCUCCAUACAUAUUCCCACAAAUAUUGAGGAAGAUUAGUGUUAUAGAGGAUACAAUGGGCUAUCCUGCAAAAAGUGAGAUAUGCUAGGGUUGAGAUCUUCACAAAAAGGCUGAGGAUGGUGUUGCAUUAGUUGGAGAUGGUGUAGACAAAAUUCUAUUCUAAUAAUCACGUCUACAAUGAUAAUUCCUGGAAUAUUCAGCUUUAGUCUCUCUCCUGACCUCCAGUUACAGAUCACCAAGUACUUUAUUAGAUCUUUCAAACUGUGUCCUGUAAGCCACUCAAACUUAAUCAUGUACAAAAUAGUAGUCAUCAUCUUUUCCAGGUACCCAGGUUAUAAUGUUGGAAUCCCCCUAAAUUCUCCAUAUUCUUUCUCCUCCUAUUUAUCCAAGCAAUUUACAACUUUUGAUUUUAUCUUUACAACAUCUCCCAUAAUUCAUCCUUUUCUCCUUUCACGCAGGUAUUACCCUAGUUCAAGUCCCCACCAUCACUUAACUGGCUUAGUGUAAGAGCCUGCUAUUUGUUAUCCUUUCUUUUUUUUUCUUCCUCAUCCAUCCUUCACAAGCUGCUAAUGAUAUUCUCAAAGCACAGACCUGACUCUAUCAUUAUCUUACACAAGAAACAUCAACAGCUCCUUUUAUUACCUGUAAGAUUAAAUAGAAAUUCCUAUUUAGUAUUUAUGGCUCUUCAUAAUCUACCUCAACCUACCUUUCUGGGUCUAAUCUCACUUCAAGUCACGUACUCUCUGGCCAAACUUAUUCCUCACACGUAACAUUUUAUCUCUUGCCUCCUUGCCUUUGCACAAGCUGUUCCUCCCUUUUCCCCCACCAUGGUUGGUAUGAACGCCUUCGUCACUUCCACCAUUCAGAAUAUUCUUUCCAAUCUCAGUUCAAACAUUACCUCAUCUUUUCCAGGCUUCCUUUAAGUUUCAGCUGAAGUCUCACCUCCCAAGAAGGCUUUCCUAAUCUAUUUAAUCUUAAUGUCUUUGUUUUGACAUAAUCUUCAAUUAUGUAUCUUGUUUGUACCUAGGUAUUUACAUGUUGUCUCUCCAUUAAACUGUGAGUCACUGAGGCUGGAUUUUUUUUUCCCUUUUCUUUGCAUCUCUAGCGCUCAAAAGCACCAUGCCUGGCAAAUCAUCAGCAUUUAAGAAAUUCUUAACGACAACCUUCUACAAGGGAUUCUUUCGCGAAUCACUAUUAGUUUAUUUUGUACAUACUUCUUUGUAGAUAGUCUCACCCGAACAGAACGUUGCUACAUUAAAAACAGGAAUUGUUCAUUUUUGUCCGCGUAUCCCCGGCGCCUUCCACGUAGCAGGCGUUUAAUAAAUGCUUGGGGCACGACGGGGGGAACGAAGUGUAUUAGUUAGUUUUGGGGUUUAUUUUUUUUAGUCCAGCUUAAUUCAGGAAUCUGUGAGGCCCAAGGGCAGAGACGGCAAAGCGCCACUUCAUUCCGAGCCAGGGAACUCCAAAUCAAUUUCUUUUUCCUAAAUCUCUCAAUGGAACCAGAGAGUGGCAGAAAGGGCCGUCAGAGGUAUGACGUCACACCACGCUUCGUCCUCAUUGGUCGGUAGCCUCCUCCCCGCCUCCCUUCCGUUCUCUAAACCCGCCCCGCUCCGGAAACUUGGAGCCACGUGACGAGACACUGCCUCGCUCCGCCGUCGUCGUGUCCGCUCGCGAGAGGGAAUGGCGGAGGCACCGCCUGUUUCAGGUACUUUAAGUGUCAGUACAGACACAGCUGAUUUCAUUCCACAUGAAAGACAAAAUCCUGAGCUAAAUUGCAGAAUUCAAAGAAGACUGGAAUCUAGUAGAAUUCACAGUAGAAGUAAUAAUUCAUCACCUUUUUGUCAGCUUUCUAGUCAAGAUCUUCACCAUGAUGAUUCACCAAAUCAACAUAAUUACAAUAAUCAAGGAAACAAGUAUAAGGGCAAGCAAAGUUCCUUUCAGACUUCUAGUAAAACACCAAAGAACCAUGGCUUUCAAAACCAACAGUGGCAUAAAUGGAGAAGUGACAGGAAUUAUACCAGAGCUCAGGCAGUCCAGGUGUCUUCUGACCAAGGAACAGGAAGAGGAGUCUUAGAAACAGCAGGGUCAGAAUGUGAAGCAAAUCCUAGUGAACCCAGCAAUAUAUACUCUUCAGAGAGUGAGAAAGAAGUAGCUAGUAUGGAUCACAAAGGUGCAAAGCCAAAAAAAAUGGCAUAUAUGACAUCUGUUUCAGGACGGGGCCCAAAAUCAAAGGGAGGGAAACCAAGGUAUGAAGGGACUAACAGAAUGACACCUAAACAGAAAGAUAGGGUGUCUGAAAACAUGAGACCUGUAGGUGCUAUCCAGGUUGACUCUUCAGAAACAGUCACAGAAAAAUUGGCCGUUGAUGUGUCUAGAAACAAUGAACAUAAAAGAUAUAUAAAUAGAAGUUAUCCCUGGGAGUCUGUAUGGAAUAAGCCACAGCCAGAUAGAGAGAAUCAGAAAAUACAUGAGAGUCAGAAGAAUAAAAGUACAAGACUUAGAAAUUCUCUUUCCUAUAUUGCAAAAGACAAGCUUAAUGAAAGACCUAAAAAAUCUGGUGGUGAUGAUCGGAACUUGGCAACCACAAGCAAAUCUCAUAAAAGGUUUGAAAUGGAGAAAUGCUCUGGAAGACGGCUCCAGAAAGAAUCUAAAGCAGCUUCUCCACUCAUUUGGAACAAGCAGAAUGAUGUGCCAAAAAAUAAAGAAACACAUACAGGAUCUUUAAUAGAACAGUUAACCACAGAGAAAUACGAAUGUAUGGUAUGUUGUGAAGUUGUUCGAGUGAUGGCACCAGUUUGGAAUUGUCAGAGCUGUUAUCAUGUAUUUCAUUUGAACUGCAUUAAGAAAUGGGCAAGAUCACCAGCUUCACAAGCAGAAGAUGCUCAUAGAGGCUGGCGAUGUCCAGCUUGUCAGAAUGUUUCAGCACAAGUUCCUAGUACAUAUACUUGCUUCUGUGGUAAAGUAAAGAAUCCUGAAUGGAACAGAAAUGAAAUACCACAUAGUUGUGGUGAGGUUUGUAGAAGGAAGCAACCUGGCCAGGACUGUCCACAUUCAUGUAAUCUUCUUUGCCAUCCAGGACCUUGUCCAUCAUGCCCUGCCUUUAUGACUAAGACAUGUGAAUGUGGACGAACAAGUCAUUCAGUUCGUUGUGGUCAGUCUAACUCAAUUCACUGUUCUAAUGUGUGUGGCAAUAUUUUGAAUUGUGGUAAGCACAACUGUGCCGAACUUUGCCAUGCAGGUGAAUGCCAGCCGUGUCAUCUUAUAGUACGUCAGGUGUGUUACUGUGGGGCCACUUCUCAAGAUGUAUUAUGUGGAACUGAUGUAGGACAGUCUGAUGGAUUUGGAGACUUCAGCUGUUUAAAGAUAUGUGGCAAGAAAUUGAAGUGCGGGAACCAUACAUGUUCACAAUUAUGCCACCCCCAGGCCUGCCAAUUAUGUCCACGACUUCCACAAUUAGUGCAAACUUGCCCUUGUGGUCAGACUCCACUUAGCAAAUUGCUAGAACUUGGAUGUGUUGAACGCAAAACAUGUUUGGAUCCUAUACCAUCAUGUGGAAAAAUAUGUGGCAAACCUCUGUCUUGUGGCUCCUUUGAUUUCAUUCAUACAUGUGAAAAUCUUUGCCACGAAGGAGAAUGUGGACCUUGUUCUCGCACAUCCGUUAUUUCCUGCAGAUGUACUUUCAGAACAAAGGAGCUGCCGUGUGCUAGUCUCAAAACAGAAGCUGAUGCUACAUUUUUGUGUGACAAGCGAUGCAAUAAGAAACGAUUGUGUGGAAGACACAAGUGUAAUGAAAUAUGUUGUGUGGAUAAAGAGCAUAGGUGUUCCUUAAUUUGUGGACGAAAACUUAAUUGUGGCCUUCAUAGGUGUGAGGAGCCUUGUCACCGGGGAAACUGUCAGACAUGCUGGCAAACAAGUUUUGAUGAAUUAACAUGCUAUUGUGGAGAGUCUGUGAUUUUCCCUCCAGUUCCUUGUGGUACUAAGCCCCCAGAGUGUAAAAAUACAUGUACAAGACUACAUGAAUGUGAUCAUCCUGUAUUCCAUUCUUGUCACAGUGAGGUGAAAUGCCCCCCUUGUACUUACCUUACUCAGAAGUGGUGCAUGGGCAAACAUGAGAUACGUUACAACAUUCCUUGUCAUCUAACUGAAAUCUCUUGUGGACUUCUCUGCAAUCAAAUGUUAAAAUGUGGAAUGCAUAAAUGUAAAAGGAUUUGUCACAAAGGAGAGUGUCUUAUAGAUGAAGUCUGCAAACAGCCUUGUACAAUCGCUAGAAUCGACUGUAAUCAUCCUUGUAUGGCUUUGUGCCAUCCAUCAUCACCUUGCCCUAUGAAUUCUUGUAAAGCAAAGGUGGAACUACAGUGUGAAUGUGGAAGAAGAAAAGAGACCAUGGUUUGCUCUGAGGCAUCUAGUACCUAUCAGAGGAUUGCUGCUAUUUCUAUGGCUACUAAAAUAACUGACUUACAGCUUGGAGACUCGGUGGAAAUAAGCAAUUUGAUUACUAAAAAAGAAAUUCACCAAACCAGGCUUCAGUGUGAUGAAGAAUGUUUAGCCCUAGAAAGGAAAAGGCGACUAGCAGAGGCUCUUAAUAUCAGUGAAAGUUCUGACCCUUUUAAUGUACGGUCUGGGUCAAGAUACAGUGAUAGCCUGAAAGAAGAUGCUAGGAAAGACUUAAGAUUUGUCAGUGAUGUUGAGAAGGAAAUGAAAGCCCUGGUGGAAGCUGUAAAUAAGGGAAAAAAUAUUAAAAAAAGUCAUUGCUACCCUCCUAUGAAUAGAGACCAUCGAAAGCUCAUCUAUGAGUUGGCUCAAAUUUAUGGUAUUGAGAGUGUGAGUUAUGACAGUGAACCAAAGCGUAAUGUUGUUAUCACUGCAGUGAGGGGGAAGUCUCUUUGUCCUCCUACCACUCUCACAGAUAUACUGGAGAGGGAAAUGCAGUCACGCCCACCACCACCAAUUCCUCAUCACAAACAACAAACAGAUAAGAAUUCUGGUAGCAGCGGAUUGCAGAAAGUAGCAAAGGAACCAGUGAUUGACUACUUUGAUGUUCAAGAUUGAGAAAAAUAAUGGGCCAGUCAGAAGUGUAGAAGUCUUUAGAUGUAAUGCAAAGAUUGAUUCAUUUACCAACUAACACAAUCAUCAUGCAAGUUUUUAACUCCCAUAUAAUCAGUGUUUAGCACACUGUUUUGUACUGCUAAGAGCAUGAGUGUGCUCAGAAAUUUGUUGACUUUUAUUCCUGCCUGUACAGAGUUUCAAUGUAAUUUAAACUGAGUAUCUUACUAUUCUCCCCCCAACCACCUUUUCUUUUCUUUUCUUUUUUCUUUUUUUUGGCAUUGCUAUACUUUAGUACUUGCUGUACAAUCACAAUGCUAAUUAGAAAGGGGAAGGGAAAGGGAAAGUGUUGAUUUUGAUUUUUUUUUUUUAAGAAACCAGAACUGCCGUUUGAUUUUAUUAUUUGUUGCAUUAUUGUAAUUUUAAUGGAAUUGUAAUAUCUUAACUACUUGUGAUGAAAAUGAGAUUUACAGUUUUCACUGGAACAUCAACUUUGCAAAUUGCA